CAUCGACCCACCCGUCAGUACUUCAGUAUCGAAAUGAAACUGCCGUGCAUCCAGACACCUGUUUAGCAGACAACCCUUGUCAACUCGUCAUGAAGAAAAACUUAAAAACUCGUUUCAGCCUUCAAGCUUUCUUCGCCACACUUCUUCGUCCAUUCACGUCAGAUUCUCCUACUGACGUUCCUGGGCUUUUCGGUUUGGUGGAGAGCCGCACCGAUUUGGCAGCAUGGCAGAUACUGCUCAUGUCUACUCAUCUUUCCCUACAAUGUAGGCUCAAACGGGCCACGUAUUGCAAAUGCAACCGUUACAAACAGCACGAGUUUUUACUCUUGCAUUUUCGUCAUUGGAAUUCUGAGUCCGCAGUUGCUACCGUGGUCAUAGAACGCGUUCCUAAGCAGGACCCGGGCGACAAUUCCUCGUCAAAACUCAUUCAUACGUCCAAUUUAAUUUCCCCUUCAGCUUCUGAAACUAUUGCCCAUGAUGUUGUAUGUACUUUUAGCCAGGGUUCGACAUUUCUGCGGUACUUUGCGGACGCCUACACUCCGUUUACCCAACUUCAUACGCUUGACUUCCCUCCUCUGGCAUGUCCGUCGGCGGCACAGAUAUCAAUCCUCUUGUCUGUGGUGAAUGAACAAGCCCCGAACUACCAUCUUCACCAGAACCAACGUUACUGGUUUUCAUUCACCGUGUGGGAGACUUUGAAAAAGCUCUUCCCUGAUUCCAUUGAAAUGCACAACACUCCCAUUGACCAGCGCUCUCACUACUGUGGGCUUGCUAUCCAGAAGGCUGAUAGUGUGGAAGCUGUGUGCAGAGAUUACGGUGUGAGAUGGAGGAAUAUAGAGAAUAAAGAGGAACUAAAGAGAAAGGCAGAUGAAGCUAAAGAGCGACAGCUCUACACGUCCGGUAUGGAGCAAGGUCUCGCACAAGGUCUCGCACUUGCACAAGGUCUCGAACAAGGCCAAGCGGAACUAGACCGAAUGCAAACAGAAAUUAAUGAAUUGCAAGCAGCGCUCAGCGAAAGUACUAGAUAUUCUGCAGAACAAAAGAGCCGCACAUAGACUUUGGGCGCGGACAUUGGUGUGCGUCGAAUGGAGAAAAUAUUGCAGCAGCAACGGCUCCGGACAUGAUUGUAUAUUGCGAGGUCAUUUGGCUUCGGUCGCACACAGCAGCAUUUGCCGUGAUUUUUCUUUCUUUCAGUCACUCUAGACAAAACCAAGCAAGGUGUUCCACUUACUAAACCACGACACGCUGGACCGCCCAUAUUGACCAGCGGUUGUUUUAUGAAUGUGGUGCCUAUUGUCAACCAAUGAGAAUAUUCGCUCCAACAGGGCGUGAGCCUAAAUGCAGUAGCCGCAGCCCUAUGUCCACUGCACAGCAGCCUCGAGUCUGCUAUAUAGGAAAUUUAGAUACCACUGGUGUGUUCUAGUCUGCCGUAGUCAGACUUUGACAGAAGACAGUCGUGGUGUGUGUUCACAAGUCGCAGGCUGUCGCGGUUGCAAGGGGUUAGGUUUAACCGUUUGGUUGAACAUGCGUGGUUG